AUGCCCUACUUGCUGAUUUCCACGCAAAUCCGAAUGGAAUGCGGUCCGACGUUCGUUGGCGACGGACAAAGUGACAUUGAACUGAUGGAACGGCUCAACGCCAAACUCUCCAAACAGCUCGGCAAUGAGUUCCAGGUUCUUUUUCCAUGUUUUCUUCCUGUUUUGUGUGUGUGUAAUGUUGCUUGGACUGGGAGAAUUAUUAGUAGCCACUAUAAGGUUUUGACGUUUUAGUGGCCACUAUAGUAGUCAAAUUAGUGGCCACCUAAGGGGUUAAAUACUAGUGGCCACUAUAGAGGUCUAAGUGCUACUACUAGACCACAAAAAAUUGAAGUGGCCACUCUAGGGGUCAAUGGAUCAACAUAACUGGUCCAAUCUGUUUGUUUCAAAAUGAUCAAAGUUACUGGAAAGAAUACUGGAUGAAAAACUACUAAAGUGGCCACUAAAACUAAAAACGGAAAAUAGUGGCCACUAUAGAGGUGUUUUUAGUGACCACUUUAGUGUCCUCUCCAAGUAGUCCUUGGCAAGCCUCUAUAGUGGCCACUAUAAAUUUUUCCAGUAUUUUGUGUCAGUACUGAAACUUCAAAAACCACAGUUUGUUUGGGAACUCCAGAGUGGUCCCUAUAGGGGCAAGGGCCCUUGAAGGCUCUCCUUCUAUUGUCUACUUCACCUUCCCCUACAGGGGCACUUAAGCUUGCAAAAGUGGGCAAUCUAAGGGUUUUAGUUAGUGACCACUUUAGGGGCUCAGAGACCCCUGAACCCCUAUGGGAUUCACUUAAAUUUUACCCCUAUAGAGGCCCUUCUUUGUCCCCUAAAAACAACCCCCCCUCAUAGGAGCACUUUUUUUGCCUCUUAUAAGGGCUGUCCCCGCCCCACACUCUAGCGUUCCUAAGCAUCUCAGAAAGAAAAUGGAAAGAACCGAAUUUUUUUCAUAUUUUUUUCGCCGAGAAAAAAAUGAGAAAAAAACUGAGGCUCCACACUCUUUAACCCUUCCAUUAUUCAAACAGCAACAUGUAUGAACAAAACUAUUCGACUUUGGAAGUUUUAUUCCUUCUAAAAACAAGUUUUGAUUGAUUUUCUGUGUUAUUUUGAACGAGAUGUUUAUCUCUGAGGCGCCCUUGUUGUUUUGUUAUGCAGCGUUCUCACGUGGAGUUCCGCUAUCUUGCUUAUUUCUUAUCGAUUUCGAAUCAAACUUUUGUUGAAUUGGAUGUUGAAAAAUAUAAAUGUUGCCUUUGAAAGCUGGUUUACUGAAAAAAAGCUUGUAUUUAAUCAAAUUUUGAAGUUUUGGAAAAAGGUCUCAUUAGAGCGUACUUUUCACUCAUUUUUUGCUUUGCGAUCUUCAAGCUCACUAGUCAGAUACUUAGAAACGGCAGAGUGAUCUCUAUAGGGCUAGGAAAAAACAGCCACUGUAGGGGGUAGAUAAGUGCCCCUUUAGGGAAGAAUUUUCAGUGAACCUUAUAGGUAGGGGGCGCAAAGCCCCGCCCCUUCACGCCACCAAAAUGACGAUUUUUUUGUUGCAAAAACGGUUUUGAGGCGUUUAUACUUGCUAAAGUCCCACUUUAAAAAAAUUAACUGUUUCUGUUAAUCUAUGUAAUCGACAACGCUCUACAAGACUGAAUAUUUUUUUAAAACUAUGUAUUUUUUUCAAAAAAAUAAGCGAAAAAAAGUAAGAUUUAACACGAAAAAAACUGACAAGUUUCACAAAAAUCGUCGCGUUUCAGAAAACCAAGUGAGGAACGCUUCUAAAUUUUUAAGUAUGUUAUACAUUAACACUUUCUUUAUUUUUUUGAGUAAAAAAAUUUAAAAAUCUAACGACGCGAAAAAAAUCGAAGCUUGUAAAGUGACACCAAACUUUGAAGCUGAAAUGCGAAAAAAAUUUCAGCGACAUGGUAUACUUUUUAUUUGAUUUAAAAACUCACAAUGUGUUUAAAAAAAUAAAAAAAUUCAGAAUGAAAAAUAAUUAUUGGGACAGCGAAUCAAAUUAUAUUUGGAUUUUACCAAAAACCUCCUUUUUUUCGUCUGCCUCGUUGACGCAUGAGAGAAUAGGAUCGCGUCUAUACUUUUGAUUAUGUUAUUAAGCGUUCAAAACUCUACCAAUGAAAAAAUAAUGAAAAAAAUCGAUCGACGCGAAAAAAAUAACGGCUUUGAAAACCUCGAAAAAAUGGCAAUUUUUUUUGAAAUUUUAGAAGAAUUCGUGCAAGCUUUCGUAGCUGUGUAUGCGUCAAACACACCGAUACGCCAUUUUAAAUGUCGCAGGAGCCGUUUUUUUCGGAGUCAAAUUGCACUUUUUUUCCUGUUUUAUUUCGAAAUAACAUUAUUUUUUUCAUUUUUUUCUUUUUUUCCAAAUCGAAUGAUAAUAAUUUUUUUCUGAGUAGAAAGAAGAAAAAAAUAAGCUGAAAAAAAUCCUUUUUGACCUUUUUUUCUAGGUAGUUUUUUUGAUAUUUUAUCAAAAAAAUUCUUAUGAGGAUUGUACAAAAAGAUUCAUACCAAAAACAUGAGGCUCAGUUCGGACAACCUCUCAGAACAGAAAACCGAUUUAAAAAAACGGUCCAGAAACGCGCAAAAACAUUUAAAAAGAAAGCGUGCGGCAGCGGGUAAACCGUGAGAUUUUGCCUCCAGUUGUACGCCGCGCGCGCUCGUUUUUUGGCCAUAACUUUUUUCUUAGUGGAGCUUUUUUCAAAAACUAAACGGAUUAUGAAAAUGGACAGUCUCCUCUAUCGAACAAUGUGAAAAACUUAUUUUUUGAAUCGUUCUGAAGAAAUGGCUUGCGGACCCUACUUAUAGGGGUCUACACUCUACAGUCUAAAAGCUCAAGUGGUCCCUGUAGGGCUUUCCGAAUUUUUGUGAAGACUUAUUUAAUAAAAAUGAUCUAUCUUUUCUCUGUUGAUAGGUUUUCAUUCGAAAAGCGCCAUUUAUUGGGUUUUAUAUGUGGAUAUUUCUUCUCAUAGAGCUCGUAACAAUAAACGACGAGAAUGUCCCCUAAAGUGGCCACUUUUGCAAGCUUUGUUGGCCCCUAUAGGGGUUGGUAAAGUUGUCUCUAGCGGGGAAUCUUCUCUGUAGAGGUAAAUUAUCCCUUAAGGGACCACUCUGGCGUUUCUAAGCACUUUAUGUGUGAGUUAUUGGACUGGGAAACUUAGUGGUCAGGCUCGCCAAGGACUACUUGGAGAGGACACUAAAGUGGCCACUAAACCCACCUCUAUAGUGGCCACUUCAGGAGUUAUUCAUUCAGUAUUCCUUCCAGUAACUCUGAUAAUUUUAAAACACAGAUUGGACCAGUUAUGUUGAUUCAUUGACCCCUAAAGUGGCCACCAAAGAUUUUAGUGGUCUAGUAGUAGCACUGAGACCUCUAUAGUGGCCACUAACUUCUAGCCCCUUAAGUGGCCACUAAUUUGACUACUAUAGUGACGAGUAAAGCGUCAAAACCCUAUAGUGGUCACUAAAAAUUUUCCCAAUAUCUUCACCUUUAUUGUGACGUAUUUCCCUUGCUUCCCACGCGAUAACCCUCCCUAACCCGAAUCCGUGUCGCUUCCGCUGAUUAGCGUGAUCAAGAAGAGAGGUCAGUGUCAGGAGUACGUGACGCCGUUGCCGCCGCGGAUGGUGCUGAACCAGCUGGAGACCGAGGGUUGGAAGGUGAUCGGGAUGGCCGGGAUCGGGCAGACCUGCGCCUGGACCCUCUACCGGGAACCCACAACCGUCUCUUCUUCUGCUUUAUAACCUUUUCGAGUUGUUUUCUUUCUUUGAUGUACAUUUUUUGGCCUAUUUUGCAUCCUUUUUUGGCCUUUUUUGCAUCCUUUUUUGGCCUAUUUUGCAUCAUUUUUUGGCCUGUUUUGCAUCAUUUUUUGGCCUACUUUGCAUCCUUUUUUGGGUCAGUCUUGAAGCCUUUUUGUAGCUGUUAUGGCAUUUAUCCUAUUAACAGCUGAAUAAUGGAUCAGAGGCCAGAGUGAAGUUUAAAAUUUCGAAAAACACCGUAUAAUUUUUUUUUUUGAGGGUUGAAUUUGGAAUUUUUCUAAAUUUUCGUUAUUUGGGAACUCCUUUUUGGAGCUUCUCCAGGAUUUUCCGUUUCGAUUUUUCGUUCCGUUAGGAUCUUCAUUUCUGAUUGGCCUUUUUUCGUAAAAUUUCGUUGGAGCGCACUUGCUAAAAUCAAGAAUUUUUUGUCAAUCAAAAAAAAAUCUUGUAGGUUUUCUGCUCAAUUUUACGUUCUAAAGCGAGUUUUUUUCUCUCUCUAAAGGCUUUCUUUUUCAUUUUUUAGCUGGAUUCAAUGAUGAAUUUUUUUUUCAAGCUUCUCUGAGUUUUUCAACUUCUAAAGCACUUACUUUCGCUGUAUUUCUUUUUUUCAGUUAUUUUUUUAUUGCGUCUUUAUUCCUAACCCCAAUAAACUUUCAAACAUCAUGAUUAAGCUUGUUUUCUUUUUCUUCGAACCAGGCACCAAAAUGAUAAGUAAAUGUCAGUUAUCAGUGAUGAUAGUGUUGAUUAAUGAUCGCAUUUCAGGAUUAUUUCAAGAAUUUCUAGGGCCCAUGUAAACAAGCCGACCCUUCAAGCCAAUUCUUGUUAUGGUUUGAAAGAAAAUUGAGAAACAUAAUAAUAAAAAAAAGGAGUUUUUUUCCAGGUGCAAACGGCGACUUUGGUCGAAAAUCGCCGCCGGCGGGUUCAUCGUUGGUUCGUUUUUUUAAAGAAAUUCCGAAUAAUUUUAGAUUUCUGUUUCAAAGUUUCGCUAUCAAUGAGUUAUUUUUCGGGGAUUUUAAUGGGUCACUCACAUUGAAUAAUAUUUCAUCAUUGAAUUUAUUAGAAUUUUUUCAUUUUUUUCUUACUUUUUUUAUUGGAGAAUUUAAAUUAAUGACGCCACGUUUUUAAUGAAAAUGUAUCAGGGAAAGGAAAAUUUUGUUUUUCUUGCGAGUUUUUCUUGAAAAUUUUCCAUUUUUUUUUUCAAAGUAGAUACAUAUUCAAAGUCGGAAAGGUGGAUAAUGGCUGCUAAAAAGGAGAAGCUCAAAAAAGGCCGCAGAAAAUUCACAGAAAGACAGAAAAAGGGUCGCAGAAAGGCAGCAAAAAGAGUCUCUCUAUCAAGCCUUCCAUUUUUUUCUGCGAUUUGAAAGGCUCAAGAAAAGUUCGAAAAAGAGAGAGGCAGCAAAAAGAGUCCAAAAGAGCCGAUGAAAGGGCCCAAAAUGGCAUCAAAAAGGGAAAUUUCUGUAGGCUUUUUUGACCCUUCUAACUUUGUCUAUGUAUGUUAUAGGAAAUUUUUGAAAUUUAGCAACAAAAAAAAAGUUUUUUAGCAGAAGAAACUUGGAAAAAAUGCUCAAUUCAUACCCAAAAAAGAUUGGGCGCUUUUGAAAUCAUUCAAAUUAUUCUCUGAACUUCAAAAACUAUGAAAAGUAUUUUUUAAAUGAUACUCUCUAUAAGAGCUCGGGGUCUGAGCCUAAAGCUUAAGUGGUCCCUUCAGGAAAUUAUCUUUUUGGCGAGUUUCUCUUGAAAUUUUCCCAUUUUUUUCGAAGUAGAUACAUACGCGAAGUCGGAAAGGUGCAUAAUGACCGCUAAAAGGGCGAGGCUCAAAAAAGGCCGCAGAAAGGAUCUCAUUUCAAGCCUUCCAUUUUUUCUAGAACUUCAAAGGCUCAAAGAAUAGUGGAAAAAGGGAGAGGCAGCAAAAAUGGUGCAUAAUAGCCGAGAAUGGCGCGAAAAGGCAGCAAAAAAGGAACUGUUGUCACACUUGAAUGAAAAUUUCUGUGGAGCCUUAUUUGACCCUUCCAACUUUGCCUAUGUAUCUUAUAAGGAGUUUUUGAAAAUUAGCAAUGUAAAAAAGUUUUUUAGCAAAAGAAACUUGGAGAAAGCUCACUUUAUACCCAAAAAAGAUCGAGCGCUUUUGAAACCGUUUAAGUUCCUAAAUUUUGAAAACUGUGAAACUUAUUUUUCAAUAGUACCGCCAGAGUGGUCCCUAUAGGGGUUUGGGGUCUGCGCCUAAAGCAUAUGUGGUGAAUUUAGGGAUUUUCAUUCAUAAAACGCUGAAGUUUCCCGCAUGGAACUGGGAAAAUUUUUAGUGGCCACUAUAGCGGCUUGCAAAGGACUACUUGGAGAGGACCCUAAAGUUGCCACUAAACCCACCUCUAUAGUGGCCACUAUUUUCCGUUUUAGUGGUCACUUCAGUAGUUUUUCAUCCAGUAUUCCUUCCAGUAACUCUGAUAACUUUAAAACAAACAGAUUGGACCAGUUAUGUUGAUCCAUUGACCCCUAAAGUGGCCACUAAAAUUUUUAGUGGUCUUGAAGUAGCACUUAGACCUCUAUAGUCGCCCCUAACUUUCGACCCCUUAAGUGGCCACUAAUUUGACUACUAUAGUGGCCACUAAAACGUCAACACCCUAUAGUGGCCACAAAAAAUAAAAAAACUGGUCUUUCGAGGGUACACUUUCAGGGCCCCUAUAAGGACCACUCCGAAGUUCCUAAAAAGGACAUGAUCUUGUCAAAAGUACCGAUCAUCCUAAUCAACCUUCUCUUUGUAACAAACAAAAAGCCAAAAAGAUUUCUCAUUAGCCACCUUGAUAGACAUCUUUCAGGAUCAACGGGUUUGUAUUUGGCGCAAAAGUCGGUGCAGUACAAGGUCCGCUCACUGCCGCACUACAAAGAAUCCCUCAAAAUCGUUGGGGACCAUGAAAAAGCCAAAGUUUCUUUUUUUUAAUUAUUGGAAAUGCUCUCGAAAUUUUUGAUAUUGAAUUCGAGCGAAAAAUGAAAGGGUUAUGAAAAUAAUGAUAAGCUGUAAAUUGAAAAUAUAAUUAUUGUUCUCCAUAGAUCGAUGCAAUUUUAAUCACUCACUUUUUAACCAUUAAUCAAUUUUCAGCCAUGACUAAAUGCCUUGAAACUGUUGAUUUUUUUCAAAUAUUCCAGUUUGAAACGGAAUCUGUGCCUUUAACUUUUGCCUAGAAAAAAAAUAUAAAAAAAGUCUACCAAAAAAAUUGGAAAAAAAUAUCAUUACUUCGAUGUUUCAAAGGAAUUUAUAUGAUUAACAUUCAUUUAUUUCAAUAAUGUUCCAUGUGAUCUCCCGAUUCUCAAAAAAAUAGUUUAGAGAGAUCCUUUGAUUGAAACAUAUUAAUCUCAUCGAAAAAUUGGAAAUUUGGAUUUAGUUUCUAAUAUCUCUUUCUACGAGAUCUUUUUGGAAAAAUUUUUGAGAAAUUCUUUUUUCUUUUUUUAUAGUCAAAAAGUAAUUUUUUUAGCUCAUAAUGGACUUUGAAACGUAUUUUUUUAGCUUUGGACUUUUUAAAUAUAGUCCUCUUUUUUUCAAAAACUUCAAUUUUUUUCAUGAAUAACUGAUUUUUAGGACGUUCUUGGCGUUCCCAUCCAAAUUGGGGCCGUGGAUUUGUCGGAUCGACUUCAUAAUUAUGUGGAUAAGCAGAAGAGUCGGGUUGGUAUUUUUCUUGAAAAAAAAAAGCUUUCAGAUAAAAUAUUUAUUUAUUGCAAAAUCAGAAUAUAAUGUACAUGAAAAGUGAAAAGUGGUAGGUAAACCUGGGAGAAAUAAAAAAAAAUAGGCGAGGAAGGUCAUACGUGGCUUAUGAGCACUUUCUUUUACUUUUAGAACCCCCAAUUUUUUUCAAUAAGCUUUUUUUGAACCUUUUUGGGAUACAAAUAUAUAUAAUCAAUAUAUUAUCAGAGUCCUAAAAAAAGUCAAGAAAUCAGAAAUACGCUUCUUUUUUUAAUUUUUAAUCGUUAAAAAAAUUGAGCCGGUUCGAUUUUUUUCGUUAUCAAGAAGUGUUUUGAAGCCAAAAAAAAUUCGAAUUUCAAAAAAAAUUUUUCUCAAUCGUUUUUUUCAAAGGACAUAGAAACUCAGAAAAAAAUCAAUCAGAUUAUAAUUUUUUUGAUUUUUUUCGAAAAAAAUAAUAUUAAAAAUCAUAUUAAACACCGCUUUUUAAAAAAAUAAAAUCAAAUCGGGAGGGCACGCCCAGUGGGUCAGCCCGCGUACGAAUGAAUCCCUCCAGAGCCCUGUGAGAGUAGGGAAAUAAAAACAGGCGAAUUGGGGAUUUCAGGAGAUAUAUUGGUAACCCUAGAACCAUGAAAAAUUUGGAAGAAAUGAGAAAAAUUAGGUUUUUUUUUUUGCAUAUCAUCAGAACCAAGAGAAAAAAGCGAUUUUUAAAACAAGAAUCAACAAAAUUAGCCUGUAGGUAGAUUAAGUUUAAAUAUUAAUGUACAAAAAAAGAGCAAUUAUUUCAAGUUACGAAUACCAGUGACGGGGGCAAUCGAUUGCGGUUAUAUGGACGUUUUGGCGACCCGGGGCGACGAGAAAGACCAGUUCCAGACGGCAAAAAAAUACAGUUCGUUCCCAUUUUUUUCUUUGAAAAAUGCUUUUUAAAUCGAUUUUUUUGUUGUUGAAAAAAAGAGUUACAUUACAAAAUUUUCGAAAAAUUCCAGGAAAAAAAUGACUGAUAAACAACAAAAAGUUAUGCUUUCUUCAUUUAUGUAAUAGAUUUAGAAAAAAAUUAUGUAGUAUUUUUAAUUUUUUGCAAGCCUUGAAUUCAGUACAUUUCGUUGGCUAAACUGUCUUUUUUUGGCUUUCAGUUGUUUUUUCUAAGAUUCAAAAUAAAGAAAAAAAGCAGAAAGUUUUUGAAAUUCAGAGAAAAAUGACUAAUAAUCUACGAAAAGUUAUGGUUUCUUCAUUCAGUUGAUAGAUUUUUUUACAAAAUUAUGUUGCUUUUAAAAUUUUGCCAGCUAUGAAUUCACUACAUUGCGUUGGAUAAACUGUCUUUUUUUCGGCUUUCAGUUGUUUUUUCUUUGUUAGAUGAAAGAUAGAGUAAAAAAACCAUGAAGUUUUUGGAAAUUUCAAGAAAAAAAUAGCUGAAAAUCAUCAAAAAGUUAUGUUUUCUUCAUUCAAGUGAUGGGUUCUUACAAAAUUUACGCUGUUUUCAAUUUUUUCCAUCUAUAAAUUUUCUACAUUUCCUUGAAAAAUUGAUGAUUUUUGGCGAAUAGUUGAUUUUUUUUUUUUUGAUAAUAAGUUGCCCUUUUUUCAAUCAUUUUUAGGGAUUUCAAAGUUAUGAGAUCUCUGUAGGGACCUCUUCUUUCGCUCACAAUUUCGCUUUCUCAAGAAUUUUUUUCGAAUAAAAUAGGUUGAUCCUUUAAAAAUCAACUCAAGUUAGCUCUGGAUCAGUUUUUUUGACAGAAUUUUUUUCAUUUGUUUGAAUGAUUUACGAAUUUUCAGUUUAUUUAUAUAUCGAAUUGAGUAAAGAAGGAGCCUUCUUAUCAGUAAAAAAAUUAAUAAAAGAAAUUUUUGUUUUUUUCAACUUGGAAUUUUUUUCGAAAACUGAACUAGAAGAAAAAAAUUUUUGAUUUUUCAGGGACUUGGUUUUGUAAAUUUUGAGAGAAAAUGAAAGUUUUUUUGUCAGGAAAAAAAUGUUCAAUUUCAGAGAAAAAAAUCUUUUUCAGGUUUUUGAAACAAGGAGAAAAACUUAAAAAUUCCGUCUUUUUUUCCAAAAUUUCAAUUUCUCUGUAUUUCUCUUGAGCGAAAAAAAUUGGGUUUUUCUUGAAAAAAAUUUUUUUAAUGCGUUUUUUUAAAUUAAAGGCUUGGAGAUAAAAAAAACGGAAGAAAACUCGAAUUUCUCCUUUUUUUGAAUUCCAGGUCCUCCAUGCUUCAAAUUGAGCAAAAAAAUAUUUUUCUUGUCGAAAAAAAUGCUUAGAAACAGAUUUUUUUCUUCCGAAUUGAAUGAUUCGGACCAAAAACCCGCAAUUCAUUUUUUUAAAGAGCAUUUUUAGUUUUUUUGAUAUAACAGUUAUGAUUUUUUUCUGUUCAGAUUGGCCCUAAACGAUGGAAUCUUCACAAUUUACGACACGGGCCGGUGGAUCGAAGAAGAAAAACCGACGAAUCCAUAG